AUGGCUACAGCGGUAGACGUAAAUCAAGGAAUUACCGGUGAAAGAACUGCCACUAUACGAAAUUAUAAUACCAAUCCACGGCUAACAUAUAAAACAGUUACUGGCGUUAACGGCCCAUUAGUUAUUUUGGGUGACGUGAAAUUUCCUCAGUACGCUGAAAUAGUUCGGUUGACAUUACCUGAUGGGACCAAGCGUUCUGGACAAGUUCUUGAGAUUACUCGUAAUAAAGCUGUUGUUCAGGUUUUUGAAGGUACAGCAGGGAUAGAUGCUAAAAACACUUCUUGUGAGUUCACGGGCGAUAUUUUACGGACUCCUGUGUCGGAAGACAUGCUUGGCCGUAUAUUCAAUGGUUCCGGUAAACCAAUUGAUAAGGGUCCACCGGUAUUGGCUGAAGAUUUCCUUGAUAUUACUGGUCAACCAAUCAACCCAAGAUCUCGAAUUUAUCCUGAAGAAAUGAUCCAAACUGGAAUUUCUGCUAUCGAUGUUAUGAAUUCGAUUGCUCGUGGUCAGAAGAUUCCAAUUUUCUCUGCUGCUGGCCUUCCUCACAACGAAAUCGCUGCACAAAUUGUUCGUCAAGGUGGUCUUGUAAAAUUGCCAAGUAAACCUCACGAUGCUGCUGAAGAUGACUUUGCUAUUGUUUUUGCGGCAAUGGGUGUUAAUAUGGAAACUGCACGUUUUUUCAAGCAAGAUUUCGAGGAAAAUGGUUCAAUGGAAAAUGUUUGCCUAUUUCUAAAUCUCGCGAAUGAUCCAACCAUUGAACGUAUUAUCACGCCACGUCUUGCUCUCACUGCUGCUGAAUUUUUGGCUUACCAGUGUGAAAAGCAUGUGCUUGUUGUCUUGACUGACAUGUCUUCAUAUGCCGAAGCCCUUCGCGAAGUAUCAGCUGCUCGAGAAGAAGUUCCUGGACGUCGAGGCUUUCCAGGUUAUAUGUAUACUGAUUUGGCUACUAUCUAUGAAAGAGCUGGUCGAGUGGAAGGACGUAAAGGAUCCAUAACUCAAAUUCCCAUCUUAUCCAUGCCGAAUGAUGACAUCACACAUCCAAUACCUGACUUAACUGGUUAUAUCACUGAAGGACAAAUUUAUGUAGAUCGUCAAUUACACAAUCGUCAGAUAUACCCUCCUAUUAAUGUACUACCGUCAUUAUCACGUUUGAUGAAGUCAGCUAUUGGUGAGGGCAUGACGCGUGAAGAUCAUUCAGAUGUUUCAAAUCAACUUUAUGCUUGUUAUGCUAUUGGAAAAGAUGUACAAGCAAUGAAGGCAGUAGUUGGAGAAGAGGCUUUAUCUUCCGAUGAUUUGCUUUACCUAGAAUUUUUGACCAAAUUUGAAAAAAAUUUCAUAUCCCAAGGUAACUACGACAACCGAACGGUAUUUGAAUCCUUAGACAUUGGAUGGCAGUUGUUACGGAUAUUCCCUCGUGAAAUGUUGAAGCGCAUCCCUGCGACAACAUUAGAUAAGUAUUAUCCACGAGGUGGAGCAACAAAAGAUAUCAAGGAAACAAAGGGAAAAGAUGUAAAAAAAUAA